AUGAUUUGGUAUCCAUACGAACAGUUAAAGAAUAUGAAGCCCCCCUAUAAGGUUGUAGAUGCUAAGGGGGUUUACCUUUACACUGAGGACAACAAAAUGAUUGACUCAGUUUCAUCUUGGUGGUCUACAAUAUACGGCUACAAAAAUGAAAAAAUAAAUGAAGCUCUUAUAGGCCAAGUGAAGAAGUUUUCUCAUGUCAUGUUGGGAGGGCUAACUCACGAGCCAGUAGAAAGACUUUCCAACCAAUUAAAGGACUUUUUGCCAGGGGACUUGGACUAUCCCUUCUUCUCUGACUCGGGAUCUGUGGCAGUGGAAGUUGCCCUAAAGAUGGCCCUUCAAUACUACAUGAACAAGGGAGAAGGAGGCAGGACCAUGAUACUUGCCUUGACUCAUGCCUACCAUGGGGACACCUUCAAGACUAUGGAAGUUGGUGACGAUGAAGACUACCAUUUUGUCCUAGAAGCCUAUGGCAAGAGCAAGUAUGUUGUAAAUAUUCCAACUGAAAUCCAAGCACUUGAAGAUGCCUUUGAAAAAUAUGGCGACAAGCUAAACUCCUUUAUAGUUGAGCCACUUUUACAAGGUGCUGGUGGAAUGAGGAUGUAUGACAUUUCUUUUUUAGAAAGAGCAAGGGAACUUUGCGAUAAGCACAAUGUCCUACUUAUCUUUGACGAAGUCGCAACAGGCUUUGGAAGGACUGGUAACAGAUUUGUGGCAGACCUAGUCCUACCAGACAUAAUAUGUUUGGGAAAGGCCCUUACAGGAGGUUACCUGGGUCAUGCUGCCACAGUUACAAACAAGAAGGUAUUCGAUGCCUUUUACGAUGAUAACCCAAGGCAUGCCCUCAUGCAUGGACCAACAUUUAUGGGAAAUCCCCUAGCCUGCACAGUGGCAUCAAGGUGUCUUGAAAUAUUCCAAGAAGAGGACUUCAUGGGAAAGAUAAAGAGGAUUGAAGAAAUUGAAAGAGAAGAGAUGGAAGGCUUCACUCAUGACAAGAUUGAAGAAGUUAGGAUCAUGGGAGCCUGCGUCUGCAUUGAAGUAAAGGAUGGCAAGGUCAUAGAAGGCUUCCAAGAGUUCGCCUACGAAAGGGGAGUCUUUGCAAGACCCUUUGUGAAAUACAUUUACUCUAUGGUUCCCUAUGUAAUUAGCGAAGAUGAACUUAGAAAAGUAAUGAGGACUAUGAAGGAAUGGUUUGAAAAUAAAUAA